UUUGCAAAAUAAUUAAAUAUUUUCUCAAGAAGAAAAUUAAUUAACAUACGAAGUAUAUAUGAUCCAAAGUAGAGCAUCUGAAUUUGUAAUAAACUUUCCUUCAUCAUUCCUAACAAUCAUGACACCUUUCUCUAGUAUUAGCAUGUUCUUGCUACUCUUAUCCUUUACCACCACAUCCAAUGCUCAGCUAGGUCUAUCUACAGACUUUUACGGUACAACAUGCCCUGAUUUCGAAACAGUUGUUAAAAUCAUCGUUGGUAAUGUCGUCUCCAGUGAGCCUCGCAUGGGUGCUUCCUUGCUUCGUCUUCAUUUCCAUGAUUGCUUUGUUGGCGGAUGCGAUGCAUCAGUGUUAUUGGAUGUGAUAGGUGGUGAGAAAGAGUCCGAGCACAACAUGAACUCUUUACGAGGAUUCGAUGUAAUAGAUUCCAUCAAACAACAAGUUGAAGUCAUUUGUCCAGGGGUGGUUUCUUGCGCUGAUAUAUUGGCACUCAGUGCUAAAGAAUCUGUUGUUGCGCUUGGCGGUCCAAGCUGGAGUGUUGAGUUUGGGAGAACAGACACAAUUUCGAAUCCAAGCGCAGCGGCGGCUAAUGCUGAACUUCCAUUCGCUACAGAUGACCUCCCUGCGAUGAUCUCCUUAUUCUCUUCCAAUGGUUUCUCCGUAAAAGAUUUGGUUGCCCUAUCAGGUGGUCACACAAUAGGGGUAGCUAGGUGUGUGCGCUUCCGUGAUCGUGCCUACACAGAGAGAAACAUCCUUCCUGCCUUUGCACAAUUUUUGCAAAACAUAUGCCCUAUUGAUGCUAGUGGUGACAACAACCUUGGUCCGUUUGACGUUCGAAGUCACAACGUAUUUAAUAAUGAUUACUUUUUAGGUUUAACCAACUUUGAGGGUCUACUUCACACAGACCAAUUGCUAUUUACUGGAAGUGGAACCGAAACUGAUAUUCUUGUUCAAAUGUAUGCAAAUAAUGAGGGACUUUUCUUUGCUGAUUUUGCUGCUGCAAUUUUUAAGAUGAGCAGGCUUGGUAUUGAAAUUGCUGGUACUGGGGUGAUUCGCAAAAAUUGUAGGUUUCCUAAUUAAGGACUCAUUUUUUAUCUUUAUCUGUAAUUGGGUUGGUUUGCUAAUUGUUGCCUCUCUUCAUUUGUGAGAUACAGAUU